AUUUAGAAAUGAUCCCACAAACUUUCACUUCACUAUUUACAAAAAUAUGUGAGACUCAAUUUUCACUCAUAAAAAAAAUCAUAGUAUUUUUUUAAACACUCGUGUCAUCUCUAUUGGACUAAAGUUUUGAAGGACUAGAGGGAGUAUGUGACAUAUUCAAACUUAUAGAAAAUCUAUGAGAUUUAAAUUUGAGACAUUUCUAAAAUUUGAAUAGGUGAAUAUCUUCAAGGUAGUGAUUAGUAUUUUGUAUUUGAGUGAUUAAAUUGGAGUAGUAUAUAUAUAUAUAUAUAUUCAGCUAAAUAGGUGUGGCGCACUGAGGCAUAUACUAAGCUUAGAAUAAGAUAAAAAGAAACUUCAAGUCUUAAGGAAGAGGAUGUGUUGUGAAUUGCAGUGGCAUUAGAAAAGGUGGUUGUUUCACAUCUAGUCUGAGUGUGUACACACAAGAUGGGCAAGUAUGCAUGUAAAGUAGUGGUUGAGUUUGUGUUGUUGGUGGUUGCAGUUGCAGUUGCAGUUGCAGAUUCAGGCGCCGACUCGUUCCUCUACGGCGGGUGCUCGCAGAUAAAUUACACCCCAAACUCGCCCUACGAAUCCAACAUAAACUCCCUCUUCACAUCUCUGCUCAACUCAGCCACAUACUCUUCCUACAACAAGUUCACCAUCAUGGCCUCAACUCCGCAAGACGUCCUCUACGGCCUCUACCAGUGCCGCGCCGACCUAGCCAUGCCCGACUGCGCCACCUGCGUCGCGCGGGCCCUCUCCCGCCUCCGCCCCCUAUGCCCCCAGGCCUGCGGCGCCUCCGUGCAGCUCGACGGCUGCUUCGUCAAGUACGACAACACCUCCUUCAUCGGGCUCCAGGACAAGACGCCCGCCAUGAACAAGUGCGGCCCCUCCGACGGCGACAAUCAGGAGGAGAUGGGCCGCCGCGACGCCAUGCUGGCGGCCAUGGCUGGAUCCGGCGGGCCGUACCGCGUCGGAGGGUCCCAGGGUGUUCAUGGGGUGGCGCAGUGCGUCGGCGACUUGACUGUGGCGCAGUGUCAGGACUGCGUGGCGGAGGCCAUACGGCGGUUGAAGGCCGAGUGCGGCGGCGCUGUCUUUGGUGAUAUGUUCUUGGCCAAGUGUUAUGCCAGGUACACCACUAGUGGGGCCCAAAAUUAUGCAACAUCCAACCAUGAAUCCUCCCAUAGCGAGUCGGAGAAGACAUUUGCUCUCAUAAUUGGAUUACUAGCUGCUGUUGCCUUGCUAAUCAUCUUCCUCACUUUCCUCGGUCGAUUGUUUACGAGAAAUAUUGGUGAGAUAUUUCUAACUUAAUUACUUCACACUCUAAUUCAAUCUUCUAAUUAAUCAUGUGCAACUUUAAUCAUAGGUUUAGUUAUGUGCUAACUUUGAUUACAAUACACUAAUUGGUCCCUUGUUUUCUUUUUGGUCACAGGGAAAUAAUUAAGGGGAAAGGCUACUCCUCGCAAAAUUGUAGUAUUUGCUUUUCGCGCGAUAGCCUUUUUUGCCUUUCCAGUUGGGACAAAGUUUGUGUUGUCUAAUUAAAGGAAGUAUGAUUGGCCUAAUCUUUUAUGUAUAUUAAGUUAAUGUACAAUGUAUUUCUUUAAUUAUAUUUUUUUAAAAUUCAAAA